CCUAUCCCCUCCAACACUGAACUGGGAGGCGCCGCGGAGUGGUGGCAGGUGCAGCUCCUUGCGUUGUCACUCACCGACUGUGUGACCUUGGGCCUCUGUUUCCUCAUCCUUAAAAGGACAGCUUUGGAUUGACUGCUGGGCUCUGUUGUCCCUUUCAGACUCCCGAAUGCAAAGAGAACGGACUGGGAAGGCUGUGGGGUUGAGUCCAGAGUGUUCUCAGGUCCGGGGGCCCCAGUUCCGGCCACCUGGGGACUCUUCCUUGCACCCUCGUGACUGUGGGCUCUCGCCAGGCGUCGUUUGUGGCUUCUCCUGCACUUCGCAGCCCUGGAGCCACUAUCUGCAGACCUUUAGUCUUCUGUUGGCCAAGGCCACGACGGGUUCCUGCCUCCUGGGGUGGAGGGUUUUUCCUGCGGCUUCAGUGGAACAGGGGCGCUAGAGCUGGACCCAGCUAGGAUGUAGCUUAGACACCAAACUGGUUUGCCGUUUCCUAGAAGAGCGGUUUGGGGAUUAUCAUUUGGCUUUAGAGGGCUGUAGUGGAGGCUGUGCAUCGACUUGACCUCAUCCUUUGCAACAAAACCGCUUAUCAAGAAGUGUUCAAACCAGAGAACAUUAGCCUGAGGAACAAGCUGCGUGAGCUCUGCGUCAAGCUUAUGUUCCUGCAUCCGGUAGACUAUGGGAGGAAGGCUGAGGAACUGCUAUGGAGAAAGGUAUACUAUGAAGUUAUCCAGCUUAUCAAGACUAACAAAAAGCAUAUCCACAGCCGGAGCACCUUGGAAUGUGCCUACAGGACACACCUGGUUGCGGGUAUUGGCUUCUACCAGCAUCUUCUUCUCUAUAUCCAGUCCCAUUACCAGCUCGAACUUCAGUGCUGCAUCGACUGGACCCAUGUCACCGACCCGCUCAUAGGAUGCAAGAAGCCAGUAUCUGCUUCAGGGAAGGAGAUGGAUUGGGCACAGAUGGCAUGUCACCGAUGUCUGGUGUACCUGGGGGACUUGUCACGAUAUCAGAAUGAAUUAGCUGGCGUAGACACUGAGCUGCUGGCUGAGAGAUUUUACUACCAAGCCCUUUCAGUUGCUCCUCAGAUUGGAAUGCCCUUCAACCAGCUGGGCACUCUUGCGGGCAGCAAGUACUAUAAUGUGGAAGCCAUGUAUUGCUACCUGCGCUGCAUCCAAUCAGAGGUGUCCUUUGAAGGUGCUUAUGGUAAUCUCAAGCGACUAUACGAUAAGGCUGCCAAAAUGUACCACCAGCUGAAGAAGUGUGAGACUCGGAAGCUGUCUCCUAGCAAGAAGCGAUGUAAAGACAUCAAAAGGCUGCUGGUGAAUUUUAUGUAUCUGCAAAGCCUCCUGCAGCCUAAAAGCAGUUCCAUGGAUGCAGAACUGACAUCACUCUGCCAGUCAGUGCUGGAGGACUUCAACCUCUGUCUCUUCUACCUGCCCUCCUCACCCAACCUCAGCCUGGCCAGUGAGGAUGAGGAGGAAUAUGAGAGCGGGUAUGCAUUCCUCCCAGACCUCCUCAUCUUCCAGAUGGUCAUCAUCUGCCUUAUGGGUGUGCACAGCUUGAAGCAAGCAGGCUCCAAGCAGUACAGUGCAGCCAUCGCCUUCACCCUGGCCCUCUUCUCCCACCUUGUCAAUCAUGUCAAUAUUCGACUGCAGGCUGAGCUGGAAGAGGGCGAAAACCCUGUCCCGGCAUUCCAGAGUGAUGGCACAGAUGAACCUGAAUCCAAGGAACUCCUAGAGAAGGAGGAGGAGGAGGAGCCCGGGCCUGAACCUCCUCCCGCAGAGCCACAAGCAGGUGAGGUCAAAAAGAUUCGCAAGAUCUCCCGCCUUUCCUGCCUUCGCCGCCGCCGCCAUCCUCCUAAAGCUGGAGAUGACAGUGACCUGAGUGAAGGCUUUGAGUCGGACUCCAGCCAUGACUCUGCCCGGGCCAGUGAGGGUUCAGAUAGUGGCUCUGACAAGAGUCUCGAAGGUGGAGGGACAGCUUUUGAUGCUGAGACAGACUCAGAUAUGAACAGUCAAGAGUCCCGAUCAGACCUGGAAGAUAUGGAGGACGAGGAAGGAUCACGGUCCCCAGCCCCGGAAACACCCCGGGCUAGGCCAGAGGCUCCUGAGACCCUCAACGGCCCCCUGGGCCCCAGCGAGGCUAGCCUGACCAGCAAUCUGCAAGCUAUGUCCACCCAGAUGUUCCAAACCAAGCGCUGCUUUCGCCUGGCACCCACCUUCAGCAACCUACUCCUCCAGCCCAAUACUGAGCCUCCUGCCACAGAGGGCCGCAGGCCCUGCGUCAACGGGGAUGUGGACAAGCCCUCAGAGCCAGCCUCUGAGGAGGGCUCUGAGUCAGAAGGGAGUGACUCCAGUGGGCGCUCCUGUCGGAAUGAGCACAGCUUGCAGGAGAAGCUGCAGGUGCUGAUGGCUGAAGGGCUGCUCCCUGCAGUGAAAGUCUUCCUGGACUGGCUGCGGACCAACCCUGACCUCAUCAUCGUGUGUGCGCAGAGUUCUCAGAGUCUGUGGAACCGCCUCUCUGUGUUGCUGAAUCUCUUGCCAGCUGCCACUGAACUACAGGAGUCUGGCCUUGCCCUGUGUCCUGAGGUCCAGGACCUUCUGGAAGGUUGUGAACUGCCCGACCUCCCCUCUAGCUUGCUGCUCCCAGAGGAUAUGGCGCUUCGCAACCUGCCCCCCCUGCGGGCUGCCCACAGACGCUUUCACUUUGACACUGAUCGCCCCCUCCUCAGCGCCGUGGAGGAGGCGGUCGUGCGAAUCUGCUGCAUCCGCAGCUUUGGUCACUUUGUCGCCCGCCUGCAAGGCAGCAUCCUGCAGUUCAACCCCGAAGUGGGCAUCUUCAUCAGCACCGCGCAGUCUGAGCAGGAGAGCCUGCUGCAGCAGGCCCAGGCACAGUUCCGCAUGGCUCAGGAGGAAGCACGGCGGAACAGGCUGAUGAGGGACAUGGCUCAGCUGCGACUGCAGCUGGAGGUCUCUCAGUUGGAGGGGAGCCUGCAACAGCCCAAGGCCCAGUCAGCCAUGUCUCCCUACCUCGUCCCUGACACCCAGGCCCUUUGCCACCACCUUCCAGUCAUCCGACAGCUGGCCUCCAGCGGCCGCUUCAUUGUCAUUAUCCCAAGGACAGUCAUCGAUGGCCUAGAUCUGCUGAAGAAGGAGCACCCAGGGGCCAGGGAUGGGAUCCGGUACCUGGAGGCAGAGUUUAAGAAAGGAAACAGGUACAUUCGCUGCCAGAAAGAGGUGGGAAAGAGCUUCGAGCGACAUAAGCUGAAGAGGCAAGAUGCAGAUGCCUGGUCGCUCUAUAAGAUCCUGGACAGCUGCAAGCAGCUGACGCUGGCCCAGGGGGCAGGUGAGGAGGACCCAAGUGGCAUGGUCACCAUCGUCACAGGCCUUCCUCUGGAUGACCCUGGCAAGCUCUCAGGCCCUAUGCAGGCAGCCCUGCAGGCCGCGGCGCAUGCCAGCGUGGACGUCAAGAACGUUUUGGAUUUCUACAAGCAGUGGAAGGAGAUUGGUUGAAGCUGAUGCCCAUGCCUUGCAGUGGGGCUGACUCCAGAUCUCUCCUGCCCUCCCUGGCAGCAGGACCACCACCUGUAGUCACCCCACCACAUGCAGACUCACGCACGCGCACAGAAAGGCAGGCAGGCAGGCAGGUGGCUACACACAGCUGCAGGGAAGCCCAGGAGCGGGCGGGGGGCAGGGCCCGUUGCCAAGACGACGCCAGGAAAGUGAGGGAGGUGGCUUGGAGCAGGAAAAGCCUGGGCCCCCCAGCCCGUCUUCCAGCCCAGCCCCUGCCACCCCCAGGGGUAGUGGCAGUGGCAGGCAGGGGUGUCCGCAUUCCAUCUGGGGACAGGCACACAUGGGGCCCUUCUUCCUUACAGAACACAGGCAGGCAGUGGGGCCAGGAGUUUGGAGCCUCUGGGCACCAGAGCAAGAGUUGGGUGAUGCCAGCUGUCCAGGUGGUCCUCUGUAGACCCUUCCCUGGGGACCACCUAGCCUCCUCACUCCCCUGGUCCAGGGUUGGGCAGCUCUGGAGCCUCAGAUACUCAAAGAGGAGGGGCCAGAAGGGCCCGAGGCUGCCCAAGCCCAUAGCAGGGCAGGGGCCUGCGUCGCCUUCCACUGCAGGGCCUCACACCCUGUGCCCCCAUUUCUGCUUUCUGUCCUCGUCAGCUUCCAGGGCAGGGAGCAGCUGGACAGAGGCUGCAGGCAGUCUGGCCUGUGUGCUGGUCAGAGCUCCUGUGUCCUCUGGGCAGUGGGUGCCAGUAAGAGGAGAGGGAUGGGCCAAAGCUACCACCCCUCACAGAGUGCCUCCCCCAUCUGGGUGGGUGGUGGCCCUCUGUCCCAAUGGACCUCCCUGCUUCUGACCUCCCAGGACCCAGGUGGGGCUGCACACAGGGCUCGCUUAAGAAUGCCCAGGCGAAUUGUGGAAGCAGAGAUCAUGAAUAGCUCAGGGCAGUGAGCCGAGCAAGAGCAGAGCUGCCUACGGGAGGCUCUGGCCCGGGGUGGCCUCGGCCCACACCCCUUAGGGCCGGGUUGGGGCUGGGGGGUGUCUCAGCUCAGCUGGCCCCCCCACCCCAGUGCUGAUCUAGUUUCCCAGCUGUUCUCAGAGGAGAGCAAGCAGGCUUCCUGUCUCCUUCCUCUAAUGACAGCAAGUCAAAGCCAGCCCAGGGCAGUGGGCAACCCCUGCUCAAGUCCCUGGCAGAGACUAAGACUAAAGCAUCACUCAAUAAAGACUCCCCCAAACCUG